GGCAGAGCGUCGCGGCACACAGUCGGCGCUCGCGGCGCCCGGGGCACGGUCGCGUCGGUUAGAGCAGGCGCCAAGCGGAGGGGUCGCCGUCGUGCACGCGUCCGUCACAGCCGCCACCAUGAGGGGCAAGCUGGGCAAGGAGGUACGCGUCAACCCGCGCAGCAAGGAGUACAUCCAGGGCGUCAUUGGCAGGGUCAAGGACGACAUCCGGACGCUCAUGUCCAACCGGGACGAGCUGUCCGUCAACGCCUUUCGCAAGACCAGGGACGACCUGACGAACCUGACCAAGAACAAGGCGGAGAUCAUGACGCUGGUGCGCAGCCGCGAAGACCUGGCCGCGCUCAUCGAGACGAAGAACAGCCUGCAGGCACUGAUUCGCAGCCGGGACGACAUACACGUCAUCCUCAGGAACAAGGACGAGAUCCUCGCCCUGGUCAAGAGCAAGAACGACAUCUACCACCUGCUGCAAAGCCAAAAGGACCUGCAGGCCUUGGUUAAGAACAAAAGCGACAUACAGGCCAUUCUAGGCAUGAAGGACGAGAUCGCAGCGCUCAUCCGUAACAAGGCCGAUAUCCAGAAUUUGCUCAAGAGCAAGGACGAAAUCCACAGCCUGGUGAAGAGUUUUGAUGACAUCAAGCUGCUCUUGGAGAGCAAGAGCGACAUCGACUUCCUCGUCAAGAACAAGGACGACUUACAGGCUCUCAUUCGUACCCGAAGUGACAUGCAGACUAUGUUGAGAAACAAGGACGAGAUCCACGGCCUGGUGAAGAGCAAAGAGGACAUCAUGACCCUGCUUAGGAUCAAGGAUGAGGUGUAUGCCCUGCUCAAGAGCAAGGACGACAUUCAGUUCCUACUUAGAUAUAAGGACGACAUCGUGAGUCUGGUCAAGUACAAGGAGGACAUCCAGAGCCUCCUCAAGAACAAGGAGGCCAUCCACUCGAUAGCCAGGAACAAGUUUGAGAUGCAAGCACUUGCUAGGAGCAAGGCGGACCUUCUAGCAAUAGGAAACUACAAAAACGACCUCAAAGACCUCGUUCAAAACAAGGAUGCCAUUCAGAGUCUCAUCAGGAGCAAGGAUGAAAUCCAUUCGCUGAUGAGGAGCAAAGGUGACAUUCAGAUCCUGCUGGACAGGGUAUCUGAGAUCCGCAGCCUUCUUCAAAUCAAAAACGAUAUCAACUUUUUAAUGAAAAAUAAAGAUGAGCUCCAGGCCUUAGUUAGGAACAAGGAUGAAAUCAUGGCCUUGAUCCAUUACAAGGCUGAGAUUCAGUCAUUAGCGAAAUGGAAAGAAGAUAUUCAAUUCCUUAUUAAAUGUAAAAAGGAAAUACAGUCGUUAACCAAAUUAAAAUUCAAAAUUCAAUCUUUGGUGAAAUGUAAAGAUGACAUUAUGUCUCUUGUUAAAUGUAAGAAUGAGAUUCGCGGACUCUUAAAUAGCAGGCAUGAAAUACAGGCCAUGGUCAAAAACAAAACAGACCAAGGUACUAUUAAAAGAGACGACGUUAUGGCUCUUCUGAAAAUUAAGGACGAUAUCGAAGCACUUGCAAAAACGAAGGAUGAUCUCCUUUCUUUUGUGAGUCAAUACAAGGAUAUCGAAGUUCUUCUCAAUGGAAGAGAGGAGAUUUUCAGCAUACUAAGGAGCAAGGAGGAAAUCAUAGGGCUUGUCAAGAUGGUCGGCGACAUAAGAAACCUAAGAACGGAACUGGACCACAUGCAAAACUUCAGAGACUGCAUGGCGCGGUCAAACUCGGAACUGGAGCGGUACAUCGCUGGCCUGGAGACGGAGUUGGACCGCCACGAAGAGGAGCAGGCACACCGUUCGCAGGAGGCGGGCCGACACCUCUGGUGGGGGCGCCUGGACGGUCAGCUGGUCCUGUGCCGCCAGCUCGAGGCGCGCCGGCGCUGGCUGGAGCAGGAGGUGACCUACGCCCGCAGGAUGAACGGGCUAACCGAUCCGAAUCUGGACCCGCUCACGCUCGACCUGGAUUCACUGUCUGAGAUGGAGCUGAUCAUCGUCGUCCGACAGCUGGAGCGCAUGCGCGAGGACCUGCAAGCAGCGCUGCGGCACAAGAUAUGGAGCCCAGAGAGGGACAAGGACUACGACGCGUCGCGCACUGUGCUGGCCGAGAUCCGUCACUACCGCCGCACCCGCAAACCGAACACGGGCUCUCACCCUGCGCUGGACGACGUGGGCACCACAGCGGCGGGCAACUCGCCGGGGGCGGGGGGUCCACGAUGGGAGGACGCGGAGGACGGACCGGAACCGGAAGCGAAGAAGCCCUCGAGCAAGCCUCGGGCAGCGAAGCAGGCAACAACCACCACUGACCACAAGGCGACCGCCGCCGCCGCCGCCGCCCCCGCCGCACUCAGUGCAUCGACUCCCACAACACCUCGAAGAACUGUUGCAACUGCCGCCAAGGUGUCCCCCAGGAUUGUGGUCAGCCAGCACGGUGGUGCCGGUGGCGGUGCCGGUGGCGGUGCCCGUUCACCCCCGGCCGCUGCACCUCCCAAGGCUGCCUCACUCGCUCCUGUCGCGGCCGGGCGACGCGGGCCGGCCAGUGUUAAGAGAGCGGCUAGUUUCGCGGCACCUGUGGAUCCCGGAGAUUUCGGACCUCCGCCACCUCGGCCCAUCAGCCGUCAGGCUACUGUGACGGCAGCAGAGGGCGCGGACAUGGAGUACACCAAGGUGGGACACCCACCACCGAGGCCCGUCAGUCGUCAGGGUACUCUGCCGGCGGUGGAGAGCGCGGACAUGGAGCAGUACGGCAAGAUUGGACACCCACCACCAAGGCCCGUCAGUCGUCAGGGUACUCUGACGGCAGCCGAGGCCGCCACCAUGGAGUCGUACGCCAAGGCAGGACCUCCGCCACCGAGGCCCGUCAGCCGACAGGGCACUUUUCAGGCGACGGAGAGCGCAGUCAUAGAGUACGGCAGGGCCGACAAGGAGGGCCCGGGUGUUGACGGGCAGAAUGGAGACGACGAGGAAGACGAGGUGGGCGACGAAGACCUCUUCUUUGACGACGACGGCGAGGAACUCACCGGUGAGGGAGUCAGCGAGGACGGGGCGCUGAUGGAGGGAUCCGGCCGCGGGGACUCCGUCAUCGGCGACCUGGACGACGAUGAUGACGUCGACGAGGACGAGGAGGUAGACGGACUGCCCGAGGUGCAUGACGCCCAUCCUCAGUGAACUGAAGAUUCCCCCGGAUUUCCCGGCAAUGGUAAUGGAGACUAGGAUGUGAAAAGGUCCCGUCCUUUUCAGUCUCACCCUCCUUGAAACGUAGAUGUCUUUGUUCAAUAAAUUUCGGGAUGCGCGAUUGAGAACGUCUUGGGUGGGAGAAUCACUUAACACUUGAAUGUUGAGGCAGAGGCGGUGGUAUUAAUUUUUUAGUUAACUUUAUUAUUGCCUCGCUAAGUAUUGCCAUAAAUAUAUGUUCCUAAACACGUUAACAAAAUUUAACCUCACUUCAUAGUGUAGAAAUGUAUGCAUAAGCGGAGGACCCGCUUUCGUGCUUCCUUAUUAAAGCUAACAUUUUGUUAAAUGGGAAAAUGCAGCCCUCGAGUACGGUAUUAAUAAUGUUUCAGCAUUGUGUGAAAAAGUCCUAAAUUACCAUCUGGCUAUGUAAAGGUACUUGACGCAUAAACACGAAACGAGCUCCCCUAGUAGAAAGGAGACACCCGCGGGACCGCGAGGUUAGGUAAUGGAAAUGAGCUUCGAAAUAAAACAAAUUACUAAACUC